AUGAAUAACUCUAUUGAAUUCCUAUCAAGCGAAUUUCAGCAAAAAAAUCUAUUGCUGCCCGCAGGCUCUGGAGACAUUAUUCUCUUCAUUGCCAAGAGCUUAUCGAAACUCUUCUCGAUCUCACAAAUUACAUACAAAAAUCUGGAGCAAAAUCUGAUAAAGUCGUGCAAAAUCCUAACAAAUGCUUCUUGAAUUGAAGUCUUAAUAAAAGACCAAAACAAGUUGCGAGUCUUAGGUGACAAACAGCAAAAAGAAUUUUUUGAAAUAAAUUCAAACUCCUUGCCUGGGUUUGUUGCCGAAAAUAAAUUAUUCCAAAUUAUAAAUAACCCUCAAUCUUCCCCUUUUUACUCAAGCUUUGGGGACAAGCUGCUUCCUUUCAGCAGAGAACAUGAAUGUUUCGCUGAGCCAAGUUCAGUCUGUGCAAUCCCAGUCUUUUCUGGAUCAGAAGAAUUGAUGGGUGUGGUAAUACUCUAUAACAAACUCAACCACAAAAUGGAAAAGGCCCAAUUUGUCCAUAACGAUGUACUUAUUGUGCAAUCAAGUGCAUUGCUGCUAUUUGAGCUUUUUAACUAUUCAAAGUUUUUCAAUAAGCUUCAGCAAUCAAAUACCCAGCUAUUAACUCUCCCUCCCUCAGUGAGCGACAACAAAAUUUUGUUUCUCCCUUGAAGGGGGUUAAUUUUCACCUCAGAGGGAGGAUGAAACGCACAUGAUCGAAGAUUGCCCCCGAUAUGAUGAAACCCCGAAAGGAGCUCACAGCCAGGCUAAAAAAUCUAGUGCCAGCUUUCUGCGACCUUAGGCUGGCGGAUGUGACAAUCUACAGCUAUACCUUCGAGAGGCACAUUUGUGAGAAAGCCGAUGCGAUGAAUGCUUCUAAGAUCGAUCAGGCCAUAAAGGCCUUUCAUGAGAAGAUCUUGGCAUUGAGAGCCGAAUGAGAUGACCCCAAUAGGACAGGGAAACGAGAGGUAAUCACCCAAGCAAGCAUUUUCCACUAUUUUGUCAGAGCUGUUUAGAAAGACCAAAUCAAGAACCUCAACAGAGCACCAUCUACACAGUCUUAAGUGGCAUAAGCCACGCUGGGCCUUAGGCCUUAAAGUAAAAAAUGGAAAUGGAAAUGGAAGGGGGUUAAUUUUAUUUUUUAUUUCUAGUAAAUUGCUUAAUAAUCUCAAUUCGCAAAUUAGAAAGCUAAAAUUAAUUUAAUUUGAAAAAAGCAAGCUGUUAAAAUUAAACAGAAUUAGCUGGACAUUUCAUUAUAAUAAGUAUUUAUACAUCAAAAACUUUUAUAAAAAGAUUUUAUAAUAAAAAAAUUCGCUCACGGAAGUGGGGAUUUUUCCAAUAGUUUGCUCACUCACUGAGGGGGAAUAAGCAACGAAGAGGAAAAUAUGCAAAUCAGCCAAUUAUCGAGCCAGCUAACAAGGAGAAAAAAUCUACUUGCAAGGGCCAAAGAAUUAAUAAAAACAGAGAAUGUCAUCACUGAUGAAAUGAUUAAGCUGCUAUCUGAUUGCAUGAAGGCACAAGCGACAGUUUUGUAUCUAAAUGUGAGCCAAGAACUUGAACCUGUUUUUGUGUAUGGGACUAAUAAUGAACAAGAACAAGUAUCGAUCAUAAAAUCACAGACAUCAAAAUUUGCAGGAUUUACUGAGAAAAAAGUGCUGAACAUUCCUGAUUUGUCAGCAGACCCUUUGUGAGGAGAUCGUCCUCUACUUUUCCAUUCCCUUUUAUCAUGCCCUAUUCUUGACAUAAAUAAACAAACAAUGGGCGUGAUUGAAUUCUUCAGAAAUACUCCAUUUACAGAGCUAGAAGAAAGAUACGGAGAAAGCUUAAUGAGAACCCUCAGAAAAAUCCCUCACAGCAAAUGAAAUUUGAUGUCUUCUCUUAAUGAAUGGUCCUCAAAUUCCUAUAGGGAUAUCAACAUCAAGGUGAAGUCACUAUAUUGUUUUUCACUGGAUCCAGAACAUCUUUACGAUUAUUCUCAUCUCUUUGACCAAAUCCGCAAAAGUUUCCGCAAGCUCAUUUCUUAUGACUCUUGCACAAUUUAUAUUGCUGACCAAAAGAAAAUGAUUUUAUGGACGAAAAAGUUUGGCAGCCCAGAAACAGUGGUCGCUCCUAUAAUUAUUGAUUCCCUUAUCGGCCACACAUAUUUUUCAAAGCGUGCUAUUGUUUUGCCUGCAGAAGAGCCACUAGCGAUUUCUGAUAUGCAGGUCUACAAGCAAAAAAACGUUUUAUGCUUCCCUAUGCAAAGCAAUUUAGUUGAUUACCCAGUGAUCGGGCUAUUAUUGUUUAUAAGGUCAAAUCAAAACUUUCAGCAAUCUGACAUUGAGACUGUAAAUCAUUUCUCAGUUAGGCUUGCAAAGACUUUUGAAAAUAUAUAUGUAAAUAGUUUUCAUAUAGAUAGCAUGAAACCUCUUGAUCAGGACGAAAAAUUCCAAAUUAUUGAGCAGUCUUCAUCAGCAAGCUCAGAGACUAAGAGAAUCAAUAUUUUGUCAAGUGCUCAUAGGUCUGGGAAUGAAGACAGGGAUAUCACAACAAUAUGAAAAAGCAGUGUGGCGAUUGAUUUUCUUCUACAAGUAGAUUUGAUACCGAAGCAGAAGCUUGAUAGGCUGGCCAAAUUUAGGGCGAUAAUUGAGCAGUCAGGAAACCCUAUUGUUGCAUUUGCUAAAAAUCUAGGAAUAGUAAUCCCUUGCCAACAGUCUGCAUUUUUCUUGAAAGAAACUACAGAUGACCAGCUGUUCAAUAUCACCAAUGAAAGUCUUUACAAGUCUGCAGGGUUUAUAAAUAUUUGUAUAAGCAAUAAUCAAACGAUUGUACAUAGAGAGGGCGCCUAUAAGCAUCCUCAUUUUGACAGCCACAUUGAUAGUUUAGGGGCUAUAGAUUCAAUAGAGAGCAUUAUGAGUAUCCCUAUUUCCAAUUUCUAUGGAGGAGUAGAUGGAGUUAUCAGCUUUGUGAAUUCUCCUGACAGAUUCCCUGUUGAAGACAUGUUUUUGGCUCAGUAUAUUUCUUUAAUUCCUAGAGAAAUUUUACAAGCUAAAGAUGGGUCCAUUGCAAAUUGGCAACAGAUAUUAAGAGAAGGAAGAAGACACAAAAUGCUUCAACAAUGGUACAAGCAAGUUUUCACUGUUGCUAAUGCUGCACAAUACAAGCAAGUUUUAGCAAAAGAUAUUUUGCAAAGGAUUGCAGGAGAAAACACACUGGACAUGCUUGUGAAGUCUUCUCUGCAAAUCAUGUGCGCCCUGACAAAUAGUGAAUUUUCAAGGAUCAUCGUAAAAGAUGGCUGAGAAUACUCACAAUAUACAACGGAAGGGAGAACUGUUUUGCUAAUAGACGAACAUCAAGAAUGCAUUUUCCAGCGAAUUUUGGAAACACAAAGCCCGAUGAGUUGUGGGAGAAAUGAUUCUAGAGAAAAUUCAAUGUUCGUACCUUAUAGUUCUGAUGGGAAAACUAUUAUAAUAGAGUUGUGAAAUAAAAAAGACGAGUCUUUAUCACUCCCAUGCAAUUAUUCGAGAGAGGAUGAAAUUAUAGUAGGGACUUUGGGGAAAGUCGUGGCAAAUGCUCUGUAUUCCAGCUCUGCAAAUAACUCCGAAACUUUAUCAAAUGUGCGCAUAAAUAAAAUAUGGCGUCUUCGUCUGGGCAUGGCCUCCCGGCCAUGCAUACUCGACUCAUAUUUUAUUUAUAUCCGGCAAGGUUUUAUUACUUUAGAAAUGGACAGCAAUGCUAGGUAAGCAAUUCUGGUUGUGUUCAGAGCAUAAUCCAAGUCUAAAUUCAAGGGUGUUUUUUUCCUUGUUGGGAAGAUGAGCACGGAAGUUGUAAAGGGGAAGCCCAGCAGAGUCCUCUGGACCAAUCGGGCAACUCCCUAGCGUGAAACUGGUGUUUACGUCCCAGGCUUUCGAGUUCUACCUUCUGCCGACAGUCGACCAGAAAAUCCAUUAUUUAUGGAUUUUCGGAAAGACAACCCACUCGUGCGAAUCCCUUGUUUGAGGUAACAAGGAGGGUUUCCGCCGAGGCCUCACCAUGGGCGAUGGAGUGUGUAGGGGUGCAAACCCCGGCCCUGCAAGUGCGAACGGCUUAAUCUAAUCUAAUCUAAUCAAAAUUUGCGCCAAACUUUAAGAAACUACACUUUUAACAUGAAUACCCAGCCUUUUAUCAGCACAAUCAGAAACGCCGCACAACGACUGCUUGGAUGUGACCGUGGGACUGUAUUUAUAAGAGAAGGCAAAUCGCUUAUAGUAAAAGCCCAAGGUAUAGAGCAGGAAAUCCCAGUCGGUUUUUCAUGCCCCAUAGGAAAAGGAAUCGUCGGAUAUGUCGCACAAACUGGAGUAACAGAAAAUAUCAAAGAUGUCUACCAAGACCAAAGGUUUAAUAAAGAAGUCGACAUGAUAACUGGCUAUAAAACGUCGAAUAUGCUCUGCAUGCCUGUUCUUGAUUCCCAAGGAGAAGUAAUUGCAGCCUUGCAAAUGAUCAAUAAAAAGCAAGGACAUUUUGAUAAAAGUGAUGAAGAAACACUCGAAAUCUUUUCAGAAAUGGUAUCAACAGUAAUGCAGAAUUGAAAUUUAUUCCAGAAAACUAUUGAAGAAAGAACGAGGCUGAUGAAUAUUUUGAAUAGCAUUGGAAAUUAUAUCUUGGUAUUGAAUAGUGAUGGAAAGUUGGAUUAUGCAAAUAAGUCAUUUGAGGGAAUAUUCGGAGUUUCUGAAAAAGUAGCAAAAAUCACUUAUUAUGCAAGUUGGCUGAAAUAUAAUAGACAGCUGGUGAUUGAUGUGACAAAUAUUUAUCAAUUUCCAAAUAAAAGGAUAUACUAAUUGACCAAGAAUAGCCCACUAAGGAGCCAUUCUUGGUCUGCCAGAAAAAAUUUUGACAAAAGAUCCUAAUCUGCCAUUACCACUGAGUUUUGGUGUUUCCAAAUUUUUUGGGCAAGCCAAAUGCAAUAAAAAAAUUUGUUCUUUUGCGAUGAUGCAUUUGGCUUGUCAAAAAAAUUCGGCAACAUCAAAACUCAGUGGUAAUGGCAGAAAAGAUCCUAAUCUGCCAUUACCACUGAGUUUUGGUGCUUCCAAAUUUUUUUGACAAGCCAAAUGCAUCAUCGCAAAAGAGCAAUUUUUUUUAUUGCAUUUGGCUUGCCCAAAAAAUUUGGAAACACCAAAACUCAGUGGUAAUGGCAGAUUAGGAUCUUUUUGUCAGAAUUUUUUCUGGCAGACCAAGAAUGGCUCCAUAGUGGGCUAUUCUUGGUCAAUUAGUAUACAUAGGAACUCACAGAGAAUUCUGGCAAUGCCUAUGCACAAGAGUACGUCAAUUCCGAACUUCAAAACUUAUAUGUAAUUUAAAAUGAAUAAAACUUGCAAAGUGUUAUUAUAAUGCGGAAUUAUCAAGCUUCUAUUUAAUAUAAAUAAGCAUAACUUCGCAGUCGAGUCAAAAUACCAAAUCUUUAAUUACACUUUAGCUGCUUUGCAAGAUUUUUCAACCUUAGAAGCAGCUGGAGUUAUCAUAAUUUUAGAAGACGCAACUGCAAUUGAAGAGCUUAACUCCAAAUUCAAGGCUAUGCAAAGCCAGCUAAUGGCUUUAACAAACCCAGUCCAGACUGAAACGUCCCUUCAGCGAUGCAUAAACAAGCUUUCUUUGAUUUCUGGAGAACUCGAACAAUCCUCAGAAAUUUCUUCACAACUACAAGAAAUCAUUAGCACUCUUAAGCGCGGAAACCUAAAUAGAGCCGAAGUAAAACUGCCGCUUGAAUUAAAAUCAUUGGAAUCUGAGCUUAAAGGCCGCCUCAAAGAAUAUGCAGAAUUUUCUCAGCCAAACUCUAUAAGAGAGCCAUUUAAAUUGCGGAAAAGUAUUUCUGAUGAAAAUUCAGGGAUGCUAGGUGUCCCAAUGGAGUCUUUGCGAAGCUGAACAUUGAAUUCUUUUGAAAUUGAGGACCACUUCAAAUAUGUCAAAGCAAUGCUUAUUGAUUUUGACUUAAUGAAGCAGUUCCAAAUCAAAGCAAGCCGGCUGAAGUCCUUCUAUAACCGCGUCAAAGAAAACUACCCAGCUAACCCUUUCCAUAACUUCUUCCAUGCCUUUUCGGUGAUGCACUCCUGCUAUUUAGUUUUACGCAACACAAAAGCUGAAGAAACCUUCAAUAACUCAGAAAUCCUCGCGAUGCUGGUCUCUUCAGUAUGCCAUGACUUAGGCCACACAGGCCAUAACAAUGCUUUUGAAGUAAAUUCCAGCUCAGAAUACGCGAUUUCUUAUAAUGAUAAAUCCGUGCUUGAAAAUUUCCACUCUGCGUCCACAUUUAGAAUAUUGCGAGAUCAUUCAUGCAAUAUUUUUGAAAAUCUUCCUCAUGAUUUGUACCGCUCAGUCAGGAAACUUAUGAUAGAAUGCAUAUUAGGGACUGACAUGAUUAGGCAUUUUACUAUGAUUUCUAAUAUGACAGCAAGGUUCAAAGACUUAGAAGACCAUCCGUUAGGGACUUUAGAAGACGAUAUAGAAAAACUUGCAGCUUUUAUUGUGCAUACAGCUGACCUUGCGCAUCCAAGCAAGGAUUUCACACAAUAUUCGAGGUUUUCGAGGCUUGUCUGUGAAGAAUUCACUCAUCAAUAUAAUGAAGAAGUGCAAAACGGGCUGCCCACACACGAAUUCAUGAAAGGACUUGAUGAGCCUAAGGCAUACUUUAAAAAUGAACUUGGGUUUUUAACAGUCAUUGUGAAGCCACUCUGGGAGUGUCUAGGCUUAUGGCUGAGCCCAGGGGAUUGGCCUUAAAUUAACUUGCCUAAUUAGAUUAUCGAAAAGCUCUAUCAUACCACUAAAGGUACUUAUCUCCAUCAUGUUUCGUUCUCGCCUGAUGACUGCAUUUAGCUGGGAUUUACGUUAGAUGGACUACUGUCCCGCGCAUCAAUAUGGAUUACUUUCCAGAAAAUUCAAAAUCCAGACUCAGGGAUUGAUCAAUGUCUGAUAAACUUGAAUGAAAAUAUCAGGAAAUAUCAGCAAAAAUCUCAAGAGUUGUUAGGUUAA